CUGAGCAGAGCUGCAGAGGCCUGCUUUCCCCGCCCUUCUCAUCAGACGGGAAGCCUGGACUGUGGGCUGGGGGCAGCCUCAGCCUCUCCCACCUGGCAGCCACUGCCCGUGGCCCUUAGGCACCUGCUUGGGGCCCUGGAGCCCCUUAAGGCCACCAGCAAACCCUAGGAGACCGAGGCUUGGCACGUGAACAGAGCCAGAUUUCACACUGAGCAGCUGCAGUCGGAGAAAUCAGAGAAAGCGUCACCCAGCCCCAGAUUCCGAGGGGCCUGCCAGGGACUCUCUCCUCCUGCUCCUUGGAAAGGAAGACCCCAAAAGACCCCCCAAGCCACCGGCUCAGACCUGCUUCUGGGCUGCCAUGGGACUUGCAGCCACCGCCCCCAGGCUGUCCUCCACGUUGCCGGGCAGAUAAGGGCAGCUGCUGCCCCUGGGGCACCUGCCCGAUCCUGCAGCCUAGCCACUCCUCCAGGGCCAGCCCUUCCCUGACUCAGUGGCCACCUCUGCUGCCCCGAGGCCAUGUAGGCCGUACUUAGGCCUCUGUGGACACACUGCUGGGGACAGCGCCUGAGCUCUCAGGGGGACGAGGAACACCACCAUGCCCCGGGGCUUCGCCUGGCUGCGCUAUAUUGGGAUCCUCCUUGGCAUGGCCUGUGGGAACGAGCGUUUGGAGAUAUGGCCCUUGACGCAGAGUGAGGAGUGCACUGUCACAGGUUUUCUGCGGGACAAGCUGCAGUACAGGAACCGACUUCAGUACAUGAAACACUACUUCCCCAUCAACUACAAGAUCAGUGUGCCUUACGAGGGGGUGUUCAGAAUCGCCAAUGUCACCAGGCUGCAGAGGGCCCGGGUGAGCGAGCGGGAGCUGCGGUAUCUGUGGGUCUUGGUGAGUCUCAGUGCCACUGAGUCGGUGCAGGACGUGCUGCUCGACGGCCACCCGUCCUGGAAGUACCUGCAGGAGGUGCAGACGCUGUUGCUGAAUGUCCAGAAGGGCCUCAUGGAUGUGGAGGUCAGCCCCAAGGUGGAAUCCGUGUUGUCCCUCCUGAAUGCCCCAGGGCCGAACCUGAAGCCGGUGCGGCCCAAAGCCCUGCUGGACAACUGCUUCCGGGUCAUGGAGCUGCUGUACUGCUCCUGCUGUAAACAAAGCUCCGUCCUAAACUGGCAGGACUGUGAGGUGCCAAGUCCUCAGUCUUACUGCCCAGAGCCCUCAUUGCAAUAUGCGGCCACCCAGCUGUACCCUCCACCCCCGUGGUCCCCCAGCUCCCCGCCUCACUCCACAGGCUUGGCGAGGCCGGUCAGGGCACAGGGCGAGGGCCUCUUGCCCUGAGCACUCUGGAUGGUGACUGCAGAUAGGGGCAGCCAGACCAGCUCCCACAGGAGUUCAACUGGACCUGAGACUUCGAGGGGUGGUGGUGAGACCCCCCUUGGGAGAGGACCCCAGGGAAGGGGGUUUUUCCUUUGAGGGAGAUUCUGCGCCACAGCAGGGCUCAGCUUCCUGCCUUCCAUAGCUGCCAUGGCCUCACCUGGAGUGGAGGGGACCUGGGGACCUGAAGGUGGAUGGGGACACAGCUCCUGGCCCCUCCUGGCGCUGCCCUCACUGUCCCCCUCCUGAAGGGGGUGCUAAGCCUGCUGUGGCCCGCAGCAGUGAGGCCACAGCCGUGGGUUGCAGGGAGACAGGCAGCACGUGGCCAUUUUAGGACCCCCCAGCCUGGCAGACUGGGGAGCUGGGGGCAGAGGGCGGUGCCAAGUGCCACAUCUAGCCAUAGCGGAUGCUCUUCCAGUUUCUUUUUUCUAUUAAACACCCCACUUCCUUUGG